AUGUCAUCAUUUGAUAUAAAGCCUAAUACAUUUCAUAUAGAUGAAGCGCUUAAUCAUGAUCAAGAAGCAUUGGAUGUACUUGAACGUCGUCGUAUAGCAUUAGAAGAGAUCGAUAAUGCUAAAUUUGGUUGGUUCCAUAUACGUGCUUGUAUUGUAUCUGGUAUUGGUUUCUUUACAGAUGCUUAUGAUAUCUUUGCUAUCAAUCUUGUCUCUACCAUGAUCGGUUAUGUGUACUUCGAAUCCAAUCAAAAUAAAACACCUCAUAAUGUAGAUACAGCCAUUAAAGUAUCUUGUUCUGUUGGUACUGUGAUUGGUCAACUUGCCUUUGGUUAUCUCGCUGAUCGUGUAGGUCGUAAGAGAAUGUAUGGUGUUGAGUUGAUGAUUAUUAUUAUUGGUACUAUUGGUCAAACCCUUGUCGGCGACGCUCCUGCUGCUUCCUUCUGGGCCGUCAUUACGUUUUGGCGUAUCAUUGUUGGCAUUGGUAUUGGGGGUGAUUAUCCUCUUUCUUCGGUUAUUACAUCUGAAUUUGCUACAACCAAGAGACGAGGGGCGAUGAUGGCGGCUGUAUUUGCUAUGCAAGGUAUUGGUCAACUCGCUGCAAGCUUAGUAGGUUUAAUCACUACCGUUGCCUUCCAAAAUAGUAUCAGGGCAGAUCAAAGGGCAUUGGAUUAUGUCUGGCGUAUCGUGAUCGGUAUUGGUGCUAUCCCUGGUUUAGGUGCUCUCUAUUAUCGUUUAACCAUCCCUGAGACACCUCGAUUCACAAUUGAUGUAGAACAAAAAGUUGAAAAGGGGAUUCAAGAUGCCAAGGCGUUUAUCGAGAAGGGUGCAUCCUCAGGUAAUUAUACAGAAAAUGUCGCCAACACUCGAAGUAAACAUGUUACCCCAAAGGCCUCCUGGGCUGAUUUCUGUCACCAUUUUGGUCAAUGGCAGUAUGGUAAGGUCUUGCUAGGUGCUGCCUAUUCUUGGUUUGCCCUUGAUGUAGCAUGGUAUGGACUUGGUUUGAAUAAUUCCAUUAUUUUAUCGAAUAUUGGGUUCGGAGGUGGUGAUGAUGCCUAUCAGAGUGUCUUCCGUACCUGUGUUGGUAACAUCAUCAUCAAUCUACUGGGCUCUGUUCCUGGUUAUUGGAUUUCCGUUUUCACAAUUGAUAAACUUGGACGAAAGACGAUUCAAAUCAUGGGUUUCACAAUGCUGACCAUCAUGUUUAUCAUCCUUGGCUUUGGCUAUCACAAGAUCCUCAUGACCUCAAACGCUAUCUUCAUCUUUCUCUAUACCCUCACUCAACUCUUUUUCAACUUUGGUCCCAACACAACCACCUUUAUCGUUCCUGGUGAAUGCUUCCCUACUCGUUAUCGUUCUACCGCUCAUGGUAUCUCCGCUGCCUCUGGUAAGAUGGGUUCUAUCGUCGCUCAAGUCGGUUUCGGUCUCUUGAAGGAUAUCGGGGGUCACAAUAACUGGAUCAAUCAUCUAUUACAAAUCUUUGCCUUCUUCAUGCUUACUGGCUUGCUCUCUUCCUUCUUGAUUCCUGAAACGAAAGGUAAAUCACUUGAAGAACUCGCCGGUGAACUUCCUCCUCGUCGUCUUGAAACAAUCACAACCGAACAGCAAUCGAAAGAAACUUAA